UGCCUGUCGCCUGGAUUUGGGGACAGAGUCACACACAUGCAUACAUCUCUACAGUACAAUCUGGGAAAACUACCUGUUUUUUCCUACCAAAUACGACGAAUUCUUUUUCUAUUUCCGUUUUUUUGUUCUGACAUGGAGCAAGAACACAACCUCAGUUACCAUUCUGUUUGCCACAGUUGCAUGAGGAGAGACAGUGGCAUCAAUAAGGGCCGAAAGCUGUGCUCGUCCAGUCAGAUGCUCGUAUGCACGCUUGUUUUAUCCCUCUGCCUGUUUCAAAUGGCUGCAGCAGAGACGCUGUGCGGCGGAGAAUUGGUGGAUGCGCUGCAGUUCGUGUGCGAAGACAGAGGCUUCUAUUUCAGUAGGCCAAUAAGCAGGUCGAAUAGCCGACGUUCUCAAAACCGUGGGAUUGUCGAGGAGUGUUGUUUUAGGAGUUGUGAUCUUACACUAUUGGAACAGUACUGUGCCAAGCCAGCCAAGUCAGAGAGGGACGUCUCAGCCACUUCCCUUCAGGUCAUACCUGUGAUGCCAGCAUUAAAACAGAAUGCCCCAAGAAAGCAUGUCACUGUAAAAUAUUCCAGCAUUGGAGUCUGGCAACAAAAUGCAGCCCAGAGACUACGAAGAGGCAUCCCAGCUAUCCUGAGAUCGAGAAAGUUCCGCCCUCAGGCAGAGAAGAAAAAGAGCCAGGAACAGGCCAAUGUCCACAAACGUCUUAUCACACUUCCCAGCAAACGCCCUCCCUUAUGGCAUCCCACAGAAGACUACGUAAGACACAAGUGAAGACAGGACAGUUUGCACAGCGUUACAAGAGUAGAGGAUCAUAGCUUUGUAUCUGGCUUAAUUUCUGUGAUGGUCCUCUACAUCCUGCCUCCCUCUCUCACACAUAAAUGUUUGAAAUCUUCCAGUCCUUACUUUUGCUGUUUUGUUCAUCAACACAGACAAACGAGACUGAAAUAAGGAUGGAAGAUGACAGUUUGGGUGACUGAAGAUCAGGUGGAUGCUAAAAAUAAUAAAGAGGCGCAAAGGAAAUAUAUACGAUGAAAGAGAUACAUGGCUUGCAAGAGUCAAUGGACAGUCAUCUCGGAGGACCUCAGACCUGCAUGGACAAUAAGCAUUCAACAACAUUCUCCCAUGGCAGAAGUAUAUCUUCACAGUUAAUCCGUAUCAUUAUUAUUUACUUUGCACCGCUCACUAUAAAGGGACAUCCACACUGUUAAGGAAUUGUUUUGUAAAAAAUUAGAUUCCUGUUCCAGCACCUUCUAAUCACAAACAAAAAAGCAGAAAAGUGUCUGCAAAUUGCACAUUGCCACGGAUUACGUCAGAGUUCUUGUUGAGUAAAUAAAGGCACUAUUUUUUUACGGACAAUAAACGUGUAGCUCAAAAAAAUGUCAUGGUGCUAGCGUUGUGAAUGGACUCAAAGGAAAGGAGGUUUGAAAAGCACGUUUUUUUGUUCUUCAAAUAAUUAUUAAGCUUUCCGUUUUAAGGAAAGUGACUUACAAAGAGGUAAAAUGAGCAUAUCGGUUGUGGCAAUGUGUGAAGAGGGUGCCACUGUGUAUGGACAUGUCUGGUAUCAAAAUGUGUAACAGUCGUGCCGUGCCCCCCUUGCUUCAGUUCUCACCGCACUCAACUGAAGGAGCUGUGUGUGAGGACACGGAAAGGGUGAUGCUCAGGCCUGGACUGCACAUAGCCCUGGUCUUGCACUGCAGGAAGUGGGAGUAAAGGGACUUGGAAUAAGUGGGAUGUUUUUUUAACCUUCUGUUUUCUUUUCAAGAAGAUGUUUAAAAAAAAGGUAAAUCAAAACCUGUUCAGUCUCUGGUACCAUGAUGUUCCUGUUGAUGCAAAAUUGACUUUUUUGGUCCUUUACGUUGAGAUGUUACUUUACUGUUCUGAAGAAAGGCACAAAUAUUAUUUCAAAGGGAAUAAAUACGCAAUAAUUUCAACUAACAUUUAUUUUUAAAUUUGUAUCAGUAGUAUUCACAUGCUUUUGCCUGAAAACAGAUACUUGAAUAUAUAAAUUGUAAAAUAUAUAUAUAUAUAUAUAUAUAUAUAUAUAUAUAUAUAUAUAUAUAUAUAUAUAUAUAUAUAUAUAUAUAUAUAUAUAUAUAUAUAUAUAUACACUUAGUUUCCAGGGACAUCAUGUUAUAUUCUUUUAGUCUGAGCUGUAUCUUGCAUAAUGAGCCGCCAAGCUUUUUGUUUGUUUGUUUGUUUAAGUACAAAUAUGGGCACUGUAUAAAGGCAUUAUUUAUUUUGUUAUAAAAUAUAUAUAUGAAAAUUGGUCCAAAUACAGUAAUAUACAUAGCACUGAUGCUCAACUGAUGGAAUUUAUUUUAUAUGCUCUCCUUUUCCCAUUGUACCUGUACUGCCUUUUUUGUAGAUGCUUUGUACCAAAAAUAUUCCUUACUCCUUUUGGUUUGCCACUGAGCUUUUUCAGCUAUUUUAAAAUGAAUAUUUAAACAGCAGAAGUACCCUGGACUGCUUAGGCAUGUUGUCACAAAAAUAGACACAUACUCGGAACACUCUUCAUUUCACUUCUAGCUUCUCUCACAUGGCUUUUUGGUCUGCCAAAUGGAUUUCUGUUAUUAAAAAUACUCAUGCUUGACAUAUUACACUUCUAUAUGCAGUGACAAUAAUGAAAACAGUAGUUUUGGUCUAAAGGCGAUGGUGAUGUCAUUACCGGCAAUUUUUGGUUUUCAUUAAAGAAUAAAUAUAUAUUCAGUUUAGGUAAAAAUAGUAAGUGACCACUUCAUAUAUCAGCUCUGAGUGGUGUUUUGAGUCCAGCGGCUGGAUGGAGAUGUAAUAUUCUUUGACACCAAUCUGUAACUGUGAAUUUUAGUCACAGAUGUGUGUAAAGUGCAGUUUCUAUGAAUGCAGUGAAUCUCCUGACAGCUGAAGUGCUCAUCCUCUUGAUGUUCACUGAAGAGGUGAUGCUUAUUCAUCAUAACUGUGGCCACUCACAGGGGGCCUAAAUUUUAUUCUCUUUCUCCAUACCAUACAACAAUAAUUAAAUAUGACAAAAAUUUAUAGAAAUCUAUAUUCAUUUUUAAAAGGCUUCCAUAACAAACCAUUAAAACAGAUUUAAAACUCAGGUAGAAAACAAAUGUUUCUGAAAGUCAAGAGUUGAGUCAGAAUGUAUUUGGGAUUUGGGACUAUCAAUAAUUGACAAUAAUUAACAAAUUUCUUAAUAAAAUAUUUAUCACACAUUGGGAUGGAGUAAAAUGAGGCCAGUACUUUUACUGAAUACAACGUCAUAGUAUCAUAACCUGAACAAAUUAAUAUAACACUUUGCCACUACAUUCCUUACUGUCUUUAUAUCCUUAUCCUUAGUUGUUUAAUUAAACAGUGCAAUUAUUAUUAUUAUUAUUAUUAUUAUUAUUAUUAUUAUUAUUAUUAUUAUUAUUAUUAUUAUUAUUUUCCUACUUUCUGUGAGGACUGCAUCCACUCUUUUGUUUGAACAGAUAUCUAUUUGAACAUGAAGGUAAAACAUAUCGAAACAUAGAAGGAUCUUUGGGCCGUCCACAUCCAUGAAAACAUGCUAUAGCUCACUCAGCCUGUGUGUACGUUUAUUGACUUAACCUCUGCACGCUAGAAUGUCCAAAAUGCACAUUUCAUGUACUUUCAUUUUUACUAUCAAUAAAGAAAACAUUUUAUGAAAUACA